AUGGUCCUGAAUAAUUUGGGCAUUAAUGACAAUUUGUAUAUGCCUCCUGUUUCUUUGGACACAAUAUUCCCAUCUAGUUGGUUGAAAGAAGAAAUGGGGAAAUGGGAGGAAGAUCUUCUUAAAGACCAACACAACACAUACUCCGAGGCGCAACUAUACACAAAAGAGAGCCCACCUAACACAAUAACACCUAGUGAUUUCUUGAAAAACUUGAAGACAGUAGUAGAAAGUGACAACCCUAGUGAGUGCAUCAAAUGGAAAGGUAAGAUGCUACCAGAGCCUUUUUGUCUGAACAUUCAAACAGGGGAGAGUAUGGAUAGAGAUAUUGUCACUUUGCUGUUAGCCAACGUACAAGAGGAAUUGGACAAAGGAUUUGGAAUUAUUGAAAUAAACAUGAAAGAGAAUAGUGUUCUCACUUCGGACCUUCUUCCUGAGAUACUAGACAUCUGGAGAGAAUCGGACAAAAACACAUUUUCUUUUAUGGAGAGAGCAAACCAGGUAUCAGACAAUUCGUCGCUACAUUUUGUAGGCAAUAAUCACGGUAAUGGUGGCAGGAAUUAUAAAAUAAGACAACCUAUUCUCGAAAAAGUAAGGCAGAAUUAUUUGAAGCUACAAGGACGAGAAAAUAGAUUCAGUAUGGAUGAAAUGAUGAUUGCAUACCAAUGGCGUACUACUUGUAAAGGACGAUGGGCGAGACUAAGGGAUAACUACCGAAAAUCGUUAAAUUUAAGAAAAACCAAGAGCGGUCAAGCUGCUUGUAAAAUUAAGGCACCGAAAUUCAACAAGGAAUUACGUUUUCUUAUCCCGUACUUAAAUGACGAAGAGAAUCGGGUAUCAAAUAUAUCGGGCAGUGACACGGAAGAUGACAAUAUUCUUUCAGCGAUACGAGACAACGUUAGAAACAUUAACGAACCUUCUCCAUCUCCUCCAAUACCCAACAAAUGUUACACACCUGUUUAUUCACCAGACAACAACACGCAGACCACCAGUUCAGAUCGCAGUACUAGUCGAGGUACAUCGUCGUAUAAAAAACGUUCUACCAACUACGAAACUGCUGCUUCAGUCCUCAAACAAUAUGUCAUUGAGAGAAAGACAAAACACAACUACGAGCUUUACAGUAUGCCAGAAUUCCGACCAGGAUCCGCUUACAGAUUUCUUUUUGACAAUGGCCAAAACUGUCAAAACAUUUCCGAUUCAAGAGCAAGUCAAAAUAAAAUCUGA